GUGACUAAUGGAAAGUAGGAAACAGUAUUAGAGUUUAAUAAUUCAAGCUAAAUUGUUAUGCACGAAUGAACAUCUGAAAUCAGCUGUUAUACAAAUUGUAAUAAAUUGUUAUACAAAUUUCUAUUGUACAUAAAUUUAACUAUACACAAGUAAAAAGAGAUAUCAAUAUCAUACAGUGAUGUCAUAAUCAUUGACAUAAUGAUACUGACUGUCUAUUCUUAUGGAAAUUAUGUUGAAUAAACAAUUUUCUCAUAUGUUUAAGUGGUGUGUGUGUCUUGAAUUAUACAUUAACCCACAUAAGAGAUUCAAAAUUAAAUUCAUAAAUUAAGACAAACAGAUAAGGACAGAUUGUACAUAUGUACUUAUACCAUUCAGUAAGUAGGUUGUAAAAUUAAUCAACUACUCAAAUGUCACAAUAUCAAUUAUAUUAUUCGAAAAAUUUUUAUUGUGUUUUCCUAUUUAUUUGGCACUCCUUAAUUCUCAUAUAAAUAUAGAGCUAUCAAUCGUCAAGUUGACAUAAAGAUGCUACUCCCCUUUUAAUCCAGUGAGAUUCACUAACCAUUGUCAAAAGUAAAAUGUAUAAAAUAAAGUUGGGUGAAUGAUUGGUCAUCUCAUUGGUCAUCUUCACGCCAUUCUGUAAAAUGAAUAUCGGAAAGUCUUUGGAUGGAUAACUAGUCAGCCACAAUCUAAACUUGACAUUCGUGUUCUCAGGCGUGAUGAUUUCAUCACCUUGUAGUCCAGACCAUUCGAGCAAUUGCAUACCACACACUGCUUGGCCACAGCUUUCGCUAAAUCCUUCGUCGUCUCAGUUUUACCAGUUGCUGCUGGCCCUUUUGGUGAGCCACGAAAAUUUAAUUUCAAUGCUUCCAUCAGUGUUUCAAUGGAGUGAUCACAAAAACAUGGCAGUGUUACCUAGAUAUUCAAAAGCAUACAUUGCGCUAAUUGUGAUAAUCGAAACCGUGAUGCUAUUGUUCAGUCAGUAGUAUCGCAGCUAUGAUAUCCAUCGCGUCCUUCACUUGCUUUUCAAGGAGUUUGACCAUAUACCGCGCAUGAACAUUUAUGACUAUCAUCGCGUUGAUCGUUAUCCUAGCUCCUGCUACACGUUGCUACACAUCAUAGAUACGAUAAUAUCAUUUGUGGUUUUUCUUUACUGUCAUACAGCCACCAUCUGUUAACUAGACACAUACGGUUUUCAACUGUGAAACUUCAAAACGUGCGCGCGAGAAACUUCUAAGUUUCUUCAUUUAUUUCUCGAUUGGAAAUAUUUUAUUUAACGUAACCGACAUGAGAUUAAAUAGGAAUUUUAUAAAUGUGAUGUUACUGAGUUGGGGUUUCAUGUUGGUAUUUACCGCAUUUCACGCGAUGCGAAACAUUGAGAAAACUGUGCUGCAAAGUAUUAAGGAUGAAGAUCACAGUUUCACUGGCGACGCCUACACGAGUUUAUCCAUUACUUAUGCAGUCUUAGCCAUUUGCAACUGGUUAGCUCCAUCGUACAUCUCAAUAACAGGGCCACGAAUUGCUAUUCUAACUGGCGCUUGCUGUUUCAUCCUUUUCCUAGCGUCGUUCCUGUGGCCUCAGGAUGUUCUACUCUAUAUUGCCUCCUGUGUUCUUGGCCUUGGUGCUGCUUUGAUAUGGACAGGGCACGGACAGUACCUAACAGAGAACAGCAACGCCGAAACCAUGUCCAGAAACGCAGGAGUGUUCUGGACAGUCUUCCAAACGUCGAUGUUCAUCGGCAAUCUGUUCGUGUACUUCAUGUUCAGAAAGCCAAAAAUCGACGGUUCGACGAGGAUAAUCGUUUCUUGCGUGCUAACCGGCUUAUGCAUCGCCGGCACCUGCCUCCUGGCUACAUUAGGGAGAUCAUUACAGAGGCGGGUUCUGGGUGAGGCUGUAGGAGUCUCCAGCACCGACAAGAAAAUUCAAAUACCAGGACCUGCAAGAGAAAGGCCAUUGAUAGCUGCUUGGGAUGCGCUUAUAGAUGCGACCAGACUUUUCUUCACGCCAAAGAUGCUUCUGCUGUCCUUGACCUUUCUGUACACUGGUUUCGUGUUAACAUUCUAUUCAAGUGUUUAUUCAUCAAGUAUUGGAUUCACCAAGGCAAUUGGCGAAUCGCGUAAGAGUUUGAUAGGCCUCUCAGGAAUUUUUCUUGGAUUCGGAGAGGUCAUUGGUGGAGCCAUCUUUGGUAUUUUUGCAUCAAAGUUGGCUCACAAUUGCGGCGGAUGGUUGGUUGUAGUUACUGGCUGUGGUGUACAUCUAUUUGCUUUCAUCUCCAUUUUCUUGAACUUGCCAAACGACUCACCGUUUUCGGAGACCGACAAAGUAGGGUUCAUCACACCUUCACCAAUCUUAGCUAUGGCCGGAAGUCUUGCAUUGGGCUUUGGUGAUGCUUGCUUCAACACCCAAAUAUACUCAUUGCUCGGUACACUUUUUGCGAAACAGAGUGCAUCAGCAUUCGCGCUGUUCAAAUGUUGCCACUCGGUCGCGGCUGCCAUCAGUUUUGGCUACACCAGUCGUGUCGGCCUUCAUAUACAGCUUCUUAUAUUGACGAUAACUAUCGUCAUUGGUACCGUUACCUUCUGUUACGUCGAACGCAUUUCAAGAAGGGAAGCCGAUAACAACGCGACCGACACCAACCCUACUCUCGUUAAGUAGCAAACGGACUGUGAAUGUGCUCAACCAAUAAUUUGCAAUGAUUGAAAACGUUCUAUUUGCUCAAGAUUAUUAGAAUGGAAUAGAAUUAUACAUUUCAAACAUUUGAUUUUUUAAAAUUACUAACAGAAAGUGGGAAACAGUAUCAGUUUAAUAAUUCGAGCUAAAUUGUUAUGCAAAAAUAAACAUCUGAAAAUCAGCUGUUAUACAAAUUGUAAUAGAUUAUUAUACGAGUUUCUGUAUAUAUACAUUUACACAUGUAUUUAACAUACACAUAUGUACAUAUAUUUAACUAUACACAACUAAAAAAAAAUAUCAAUAUCAUACAGCGAUGUGAUAAUUAUUGGCACAAUGUUCUUGACUGUCUAUUCUUAUGGAAAUUUCAUUGAAUAAACAAUUUUUUCAUUAAGUGUCUUGAAUUACACAUUAUCCCACAUAAGAGAUUCAAGAUUAAAUUCAUAAAUGAAGUGCCCCAGAACAGACAGAGACAGAUUGUACAUAUGUAACUACACCGUUCAAUAAGUAGAUCGUAAGAUUAAUCAACUACUGAAAUGUUACAAUAUCAAUUAUAUUAUUUGACAAAUUUUUA